GAUCUGUCAGGUCGGGGACUACGACCAACUACGACCGUCGUAUAUCGCUACGCCAUGUUAUGUGCUUUGGCCCUUAAGAGGCAUGGAGGAUGGAGGAUGGAGGCAGGAGCCAAUAAUCAAAGAGGAAGGAAGGACUCGAUGAAUAACAGAAGUCCACCGGAGCGCGAUUGAGACCGCGGGAAGCAUGGGAUUGCGAUUUUCUCUCUCUUUUCCCGCGAUGAGUAGUUGCAUCAGAAGUAUACUGAGGAGGCUGCGAAGAAACCGUACAGCAGAGAAGACCAUUGUUUUGCUCAUUGUGGGACUGGACAAUGCCGGAAAGUCUAUGAUACUCAAUCACAUUAGUGGCGAUUCAGAUCAGAAGGUGCUGCCCACGGUAGGAUUCCGGAUGGUAUCCCUGAAGCACAAGUCAUAUUCCGUGAAGAUAUAUGAUCUCGGAGGCAGCUCUCAGAUUAGAGCAUUGUGGCCUAAAUAUUACAACGAUAUACAUGGACUUAUAUAUGUGGUGGAUGCUAGUGAUAUUUCCCGUCUUGCAGAGAAUAAAGUUGUAUUUAACGAAUUAAUCACACACGAACAUAUCUCGACGAAACCAAUAUUGUUACUCGCCAACAAACAAGAUCUGAAUGAAGCUAUCGACGAGCUAGAUGUGGUUGAAAACCUGGAUGUAGAGCGUGCAGCUAAUGCUAUGAGAUGUCCAACAAGAGUAGAAACGUGCUCCUGCAUUUAUGACAAGGAGCAAUCCAAGAGUAGUAUUGCGGGUAUAAAGGAUGGAUAUAAAUGGUUAUUGGAUAUUAUAGUGAAGAAUUAUGCUGUUCUGAACAACAGAGUCAAACAAUCACAGAAUUUUCAACAUAAAAGCGUUCAACGGGUACAGUCUGUUGUGUCAAAUGCGCCAUCGAAAGUGUCUAUACACUCCAAUCCUUUUAAACCUAUUAAAGAUCUUUUGGCGGCAAAGGAUGAAGCUUUAAUAAAUGAAUCGUGCAAUGGUACCAAUAAAAGGAGAAGCAUUAUGAAAGUUUUUGUAAAGAGAAAUAAGACUGCCCCUCUUCCAAUUGAGCAAUCAACUAUUAAAUGCGAAAGUCUUUUACGAAAUCUUACGCCUAAUGUAGGGACUCUCGCUGGAGAGAAAAGCACACAAACUAUGACUACAAUAUUAGAUCCCUUGAAUCUAAAUAUCAGUCCUAGUGAAAGUUACGAAAAUAAAGUUACGCUAAUCCGUCCGUAUACAGCGCCAGAAAGAUCGCAACAAUUAUCAAAUAAUAUGACGAUAAUCAACAUUCCUGGUCAAGUGCCUCAAUAGCAGCAUAUCUGUAGCUUUUAAGGCCCUUGCACAAUGCCAAGC